CACAACAAACUAUCAUCCAAAACAGGUGAUUAAAAAAACAACAAACUCGCCAGGCUUUUUCAAUAAUUCACUUGUUGUGGAUAUAAAAAUACAGCCGUGAUGUCGCUGUCACCCUUCCUUCGCCUGCCAUUGACCGAUUUAACUGGCUGCCUGAUUAACCAUCAGACUUACGACAAAUGCGGCCAAUUUGAAAUGAAGAUGAUGGAUUGCCUGGAAGCUUAUGGCAUCGAGCGCGGAAAGAAACAGUGCGCCGAUCUGAUCGGCGACUUCCAGGAGUGUGUUGGCAUGCAGAAGCAGCUACUACGUUUCCAUGCCAUGCGAAAUGAACGUUAUAAGCAGUGGCUAAUGGGAGACCGCAAGCGUGAUGAACUGUUCGCAGAGCCACCGCGAGUUGACGCCUAUUAAGCUGAGUUUUAGAUCAUUUGCAUAAAACGUAGAGCGAUGUGUUUAAAAUAAACAAUAAAAUUAGUAA